ACAUUUCUUGUGUUUUUCAUCCAUCUCCUUGUCGAUGUAAGAGAGUCGACAUCGUCACCCUAAAUCAGAAAAAGUCGACGAUUUGGAGUUUCGGGGAUCAGUCUUUGAUGGAGAAAAUUGAUCGGUGAUGGAGGAUGAAAUCGAUGGAGCAUGCGGAUGGACGAGCUAAACGAUCGGCGAUGAAUCAGCACAGAAUCGGAGCAGCAUAGUGCGGUUUACGCAGAAGGACCCGCGAGGCCCACAGGAGGAGCAACAGCUAUUGCUAUGUUGAUAGGACCAAAUGCUCCUAUCGUUUUCGAAAGCAAAUUGAGAGGAAGCCACAUGGCUCAUGUCUACGACUUUUACAAGCCAAAUCUUGCUAGCGAGUACCCGGUUGUUGAUUGUAAGCUUUCACAGACAUGCUACCUUAUGGCUCUUGACUCUUGCUAUAAACAUCUAUGUAACAAGUUUGAGAAACUGGAAGCAAAAGAGUUCUCCAUCAAUGAUGUCGAUUACUUUGUUUUCCAUUCUCCAUACAACAAAGAGUACAUUGUUCGCCUUCUGAUGGAUAGGUGGUAUCACAUAUCGUCCAUAACAACAUGCACGUGAUGUUGAUGGAUUGACGCAUUUUCUUACUUAUGCUGACAAUAAUGCCGUUGGUUAUUUCGUCAAGCAGGACAAUGGAGGACAAAUGGAGAGCAGCUCUUUUCAAGGCCCAUCAAUUUUAUUGAUUCCGUGAUGUAAGGAAUCUGUGCUUUCUUAUGAUGACAAGUGGCUAGUGCAUUCAUCAAGGGGCAAUGUACUUGUUUGGAUGUCUUUCAAUAUUCGAUUUCUAUUUUCAAUAUUCGAUUUCAACGUGGAAGACAAGGGUCCAUUUGAUGUUGUUGUCUAGUAUUGUAAACCACUAUUUUGUAAUAUAGGUCCAUUUGCUUUUGUUUUGUAGUAUUGUAAACCCACAUAUUUGUUAGUGGAUGAAAACCACAAACGUGUAACAUUAUUGUAGGUCAUUCCCUUGUUAUAUAUAUGCAGACAUUUCUCUUUGUUAUUGUAUCAAACGAACUCAAAGUCUUUGUUAUACAAUUCAAG